GUGCCGAGCAGCAGUAUGAUGUGUUUGCAAGCAACGCCGCUGCCCUCCAGUUUGCUAUUUGGCCUUGCUCCACAGUCUGUAUGGUCUUUGCUGGCAGUCCCAGCCCAACGCAUCUUUCCGCAACCCAACGUGUGGCCUUCUAGAAAGACGAUGGGCUGUCCUGCAUGGCUAUGUCUCCAGCUCAUCCCCUACCCUUGCACUUGCACAGGACCCCGUCCCUUGGUCCCCACCGCCUUAGCCCACGACGACGACGCCCAAGUUGUUGCACGUUGGGCCAACCCUAAAAAACCAUUAGGUUCGCUCUCAACACCAAGCAACCACGCCUCUCUCGCCGUACUUUUCUCAUUAGUAUAUUGUAGUCGCAUCUUCUUCGGCUCGGAAAGCAGAGACUUUGCCCUUUUCCGAUAAACCUUGCAACCUUCGCUCGACCCUUCUCGAAAGGCUUCCGUUAUCUCGUUUCUCGUCCCGCGUACCGCUUGCUAGCGUCCCCGAGAAGCCUCUCAGUCUCACACCCAUUCCGCCAGCCGCAUCCUCGCCGAUACAAGCAAGGCAAACACUAGGAGGGAAACAAAAGAAAAGAGACAGCCACCCCUGUCGAUCUCACACCAGGGUAAAGAGAGAGAAAAUUCCUGCAGGGGCCAACAGAGUGCUUCAGGGGGUAGACUGACCGCCUUGGAUAGACCGCAAAAUCGCCCCAGCAGAUACAGCAAAAAUCAAGCCCAGACAGCUAAAAAGCCACGCGAGAUCCCUGCAAACAGGCGGCGGGC